GCUCUGCGUGUUGCGUCUCUCUAGAACCCGGCUGGGCUCAGGGACAGCUGGGAAGAUGGCGGCUGUGGGCUUGACGGCUGUGGCUGCCUGGGUACCCUGUCGGAGCUGGGGCUGGGCAGCCGUCUCCUUUGGCCCACACCGUGGCCUCAGCGCGUUACUUCCACGGAAGCCCCAGCGGGCGCCCCGGUGGCUCCCAGUUUGCAGACAAAAGACAUCAGUCUCUUUCCUUAAUCGACAAGACCUCCCCAAACUGGCUUAUAAGAGGCUAAAAGGCAAAAGUCCAGGAGUUAUCUUCAUCCCUGGCUAUCGUUCUGAUAUGAAUGGUACAAAAGCAAUGGCAAUUGAGGAGUUUUGCAAAUCUCUAGGUCACGCCUGUAUAAGGUUUGAUUACUCAGGAGUUGGAAGUUCAGAUGGCAAACCAGAAGAAUGCACAGUGGGGAAAUGGAGAAAAGAUGUUCUUUCUAUAAUUGAUGAAUUAGCUGAAGGACCACAGAUACUUGUUGGAUCUAGCCUUGGUGGAUGGCUUAUGCUUCAUGCUGCAAUUGCACAGCCAGAUAAGGUCGUGGCUCUUAUUGGUGUAGCUACAGCUGCAGAUAGCCUAGUGACACAGUUUAAUCAGCUUCCUGUUGAGGUAAAAAAGGAAGUGGAGAUAAAAGGUGUGUGGUCCAUGCCAUCAAAAUAUCAUGAAGAAGGAUUUUAUCACAUUCCUUACAGUUUCAUUAAGGAAGCAGAACACCACUGCUUGUUACAUAGUCCGAUUCCUGUGAACUGCCCUAUAAGAUUACUUCAUGGCAUGAAGGAUAACAUCGUACCUUGGCAUACAUCUAUGCAAGUUGCUGACCAAGUAGUCAGCAAAGAUGUAGAUGUCAUCCUCCGAAAACAUAGUGAUCAUAGAAUGAAGAAAAAAGCAGACAUUCAACUUCUUGUUUAUACUAUUGAUGACUUGAUUGAUAAGCUUUCAACAUAGUUCACUAGAAUCGCAUUUUUAAUAGGUAUAUAAAUUAUUCAGAAGAUUGAAAGCGAUACAGCAAAUCAAAGACCCUGAUACUGUAGGUUUUUCCCUCUUACCUCUAUUUUGUAAAUAUCAGAAAAGUAUUUAUUUAAUUAUGUCUUUGCACAAAUAAUACACAUUGUGAUGGAAGUACCGGCUGCUGUUUAGAAAAAUUUCUUCUUCCUUCAAUCUUUGACUUUUUUCCGUUAAAAUAUUUCCUAUUUUUUAUUCAAGAGAUGUUUACUUUCCUUAUGUAUAUGUUAGCCUUGCCAAUUCUUAUGUUCUAUUAUUAAUAAAAUUUGAAUAUUUUGGGUUUUGUUUGCCACAUUUAUAAAUGGAAAUUUAUAAAAUUCUGAUUUUAAAAUGCAGUUCACAAAAAUAGGAAGAUGUUUAUUGAAAUAAAUUUGAAAUGUCUAAAGCAUAAGAAAGUUCAAAAAUAAGAAUAUCAUUUGAAUUUAAAAUUAAGGUUUUUAGUCUUUUAAAGGCUCACAGCUUUUUACAGUGAUAUAAAAUAAUUUCUAAAUUUUGACUACAUGUAAUUUAUUUAAAUGGGAAAUUCAUCUUAAUGUAACAUUUAUAUAUAUUAUGAUUGGUAAAAACUAAAGAGAAAAUUGAUCUUUUUAAUAUUGCCCACUUGCAGAAAUACUUUUUAUUAAUUUGUGCCCUAUGUACAAAUAGCCAAGUGAUUGCCACUUAAAGGGCUUUCUGAAGUGUAGAGAAUGGGGGGGGGUGGAUAUAAAAUGCAAGUACAAAGGGUUUUUUAAAAAGUAUAACUUUUUCAGUAGUCAGCCUUGGUAAUAUUGAGUUGGUAGUUUUUAGCUGUUAAUUUUGGCUAGACUUGACUUUUGCUGUUUGGAUUAUUUCAAAGUAAAAUUUUUAUAAAGUUGACAACAUGACUCAUGAAAUGAGCAUGUGUAAAGACUUAUUUAAUUUGAUAAUGAGGGAGUCAGAAGAUAGUAAACUGAUUCAAAGGACAAUUUGAAGAAACAGUAUUUAUAAGCAUUGCAGGAAAAAGGUUUGGAUAAAAUUGCUGUGUAAAAAGGUGUUAGAGCAGACUGAUUAUCUCUAGAGACCUGCUUUAGAAGGUUGGUUGGCCCAUGGCUGUUUUUUAGGAACUUGAAUUUCAGGGAGCUCCCACUAUUCUCACAUCUGAUUGAAGCAGUUCACUGUGCCUAAACUGUGCACAAAAUUUGGUUUGUGCUGAACACUUGGAAGUCCAGAAUAUUGAUCUAUUCCUGGCAGAAAAUUUCACAUGCUGCUAUAAAAACUCAUUGUUUGGCAAACUAAAUUCAACCUUUGUGACUCCACUGUGAGGAUUCUUGAAAGCAUGCACCUAGUUUUCCCAGAUUUCAUUCAUCACAUGUGCCUUUUUCCUUUGCUAAUUUAGCUAUGUGUCCUUUUCAUUGUAAUAAAUCAUAGCUGUGAUUAGAACUACAUACUGAA